UUUCUACUCGGACGACAUAUAAGGUGGCACCCAAACCGGAAGCGGGUGCAGCUAGUAAACAAAGCCAGCAGGCCGUGAGUAGAUGAUGUCUCCAUCACUCAGCUAACAUCAUGUCUACCGGAGAGAAAGGAGAGAAAGGAGAUCUCCUCAGAGGCUUCAUCGCUCAGAGACUCUCCGCAGCCUCUCAGGAGAUCCUCGCGGUCGUUGACAGGAUCGUAUCCGGCUUCGAGGAGGAGGCGUCGGGCUUCAGAGAGCUCAUCGCCCGGCAGAGCAGAGAGCUGGAGCGGCUGCAGGCUCAGCUCUCAGGUGUCAAGGGCAGCAGGAGCCUCGGCCAUGUUGAGGAAGAGGAUGAAGAUGAGGAGCAUCCAGAGAACCUGGAAGACUCGACUGAUCAAACUCCAUCAAGGUCUUUUCCCCCCCGAUGUUACUAUAAGAGGAGGAAGUCUGGCAGACCUCAGAUCAGUAAAACACAGAACCAUGUAGACCUCAGGAUCCGGAUCCUGGAGGACUCUCAGACCGCCGUGCUCUCAAACAGCGUUCUGAAGAAAUGUCCGAUGCUGAAGCUGAAGUGUCCCCGAGACCUGCGGGAGGACGACUUCCUGGACUUGCUCAGGUCCACCUUCCCCCAGCUGUCCGGGGACGACAAACCUUUCGACGUGUUGACGUCGGACAAGAGACGGAGACUCCAGCUGCUGAGAGUGAAGACGCUGACGGCGGAGGAGAUCCACAGAAACAUCAGCUGCUCCGGAUGGAAGUCGACUGUCUACAUCAGACUGAAGACACAAAGGGAACGUCAGCUCAGAGAAGAAGAGGUUCAUCCUCUCCAGAUAAAAGACUCUGAGGACUCUGAGUCCACCGCUGCCCUGCAGACGUGUGACGGAACCAGACCUGAGACGAGCUCAGCAUCACAACAACUCGACAUGGAAACGGAGGAGGCUGACGAUGAGGAUCGGGGGAUAUCGGAACCGGCUGAGAGUAAAGGCGACGGUAACGAUGAAAAGGAAGAAGAAAGAGAAGAAGCGCAUGACAGCGAUGACGAUUGGAAACCAGACAAGAGCGACGAGGAGCUGAAAGAAAGUGACUCUGAACUGCAGUCUGAGACGAUGACAAAGAAGGAGAAAGCCAGACGUUCUGGUGUCAGGACCGCCAAGUCAAAGACUGAGAAUGAUGUCCUCUCCUGCAGAGUCUGCGGAGCUCUGCACAGAUCAGAUGUCGAGCUCGUCAAACACGCCUGCGGUCACGUGGACGAUCCGGGAAGUCUUUGCGGAGUGUGCGGAGAGCUUUCAGAGUCCGCGGAGGCGUUGAGGGAUCAUCUUCAGAGUCGCCACAAAACUGACGACUGUCACAUCUGCGGAGAGUCUUUCCUCAGCGUCCUCAGCCUCGACGAGCACGUGGCCGCCCACUCGGGGGAGAGACCGUACAAAUGCGAUGUUUGCCGUGACGCAUUUGCAUUGAAGGCGUCCCUGGAGAACCACCAGAAACUCCAUCAGGCCGGUAAACUGAACAAAUGUUACACUUGCCACAAAGUGUUCGCACUGAAGGAGCAGCUAAAAGCUCACCGCAAGACUCACACCAGCAAAAAGACGCACCUCUGCGGCGUGUGCGGCAAAUCCCUCAGCGACUACAGAUCUUUAUCCCGCCACAAGAUGACCCACUCCGGGGAAAGACCUCACAGCUGUCAGAUUUGCGGGAGGCGUUUCAAACUUCCGGGGACGCUGAGGCAGCACGAGAAGAUUCACACGGACCGAGAGAGAUCGUACCUCUGCGAUGUCUGCUGCAAAAUGUUCCUGACGAGCAAGCAGCUGCAGAUCCACAUGAGGACGCACACCAACGAGAAGCCGUACCACUGCGGCGAAUGCGGUAAAGGAUUCACCACCAAGGGACCGUUGACGAUUCACAUGCGGGUCCACACCGGAGAGACACCGUACUGCUGCCCGGACUGUGGCUGGUCCUUCAAACGCAAGAUCAAUCUGGAUAACCACGUGACUGUCCAUUCGGGCCUCAAACCGUUUGUUUGUGGGAUUUGUGGGAAAGCUUGCGCUCGCAAAACCUACUUGACGGUCCACAUGAGGACCCACAACGGAGAGAGACCAUACAAGUGUACCAUCUGUGACAAAGCCUUCACUCAGAGCCACUGUCUGAAAACACACAUGAAGAGCCACCUGGUGGCCGAAGCUGCGACGUGACACUGACAACGGACCAAACUCGUAUUUUAAUUUUCUCCUGUGAGACUGUGAAUUAUUGUUUUCUUAAGUUAUUGUUUUUGUACACUGAGAAGUUCACGGCAUGUCGCGCUGUGCGGGAUGGCUCAAAUAAAAUCGGUCUGUAUAAUCUCAGAA